GCGUUCUCCGCUUGCGUAGGGAGUGGCGCGGGGAUUUGAAUUGCUUCGGACGGUUAAAAAAAACCCGUAACAGUGGAGUCAGGCAAGUGGCUCUUUGAUGUUCUUCAACUGCUGGGGGUAUAUCUGGCUUUGGGGCCUUGAUUUAUAUUCUUGCCUCUUUGGGGGAAAGAUUUGGAACCAGACUGGCAGAUGAGUCAGUACUUAAUUCGCCCUUCCCAGCUGGGAGAUUGAAGGGAUGCAGCAAAGAGAGAAUGCCAAGAAUCCAAAGCAGGCUUUGCAGGUUCGCCGUAGUAGCCUCUCUGCAUGGCAAAUAGGAGAGAGAACAGCUGGCCCAAAGACUGCGGACUUGAAAAGUGCCCAGAAACAUGAGAAAGGGAAGCAGCAAUCUGCCAGUGACAGGGCAGGCAACAGCACACAAGACCAUCUGGAGCAAGCUCUGACCUAUUUUGAGAGAGUUAAAGACUACAUUCCACUGAAAAAGAAUGAGGUUCUGCAAAAACACUUGGCUACUGUGGAAAGCAUUGCCCUGCAGAGAGGAUUAUCCCCAGAAGGACUUGAUGUGUUGCUGAAUGUGGCACUCAGUGGCCACCUUGCUGAUACAGUAAAUACUCGGAUCUUGAAGUGCCUGAUUCCAGCCUCAGUAAUAGCAGAAAGUUCAGUGGUUUCAGCAGUAUCCUGGCUCUGUGUUGGCAAAUGCUCUGGCAGCACCCAGCUGCUCUUCUUAAGAUGGCUGAUUGCAAUGUUUGACUUCAUUGAUCACAAAGAAAAGCUUCAUGCACUCUAUGGCUUCUUCUUCUGCUCCCUGCAAGAUGAGAAGCUGUGCCCCUAUGUUUGUCAUCUGCUGUAUCUGCUGACCAGAAGAGAGAGCGUUAAGCCUUUUCGGGUGAGGAGACUGGUAGAUCUACAGGCAAAGAUGGGAAUGCAGCCUCAUCUGCAGGCUCUGCUAUCACUGUACAAACUUUUCUGCCCUGAGCUGGUGUCCAUAACUCUGCCUGCAAAGAUGAAGACCUACUUCAAGAACUCAGAAAGCCUGUGGAAGGCAGCAAUCAACACCAUAAGGCGAAGAAAUCAGGGAACGUCUCCAACAUCCCAGCAACUGAUUCUAGGCACAGGUCACCCUCAGUCCCGGAAGAGAAAAUGGAAUACCCAGUUGAUUUUGCCUGCGUGCAGCACUGACGCAAACAACCCAACUAGGAGCAAGGAGAUCAAUCAUGCUGACAUCCUCAGUCACAGUGAAUCUUUCCCAGUGGAGCAGCUACACACCUUCUCCCAGCUCUUACAGAACAUCCACCGCCUAGAGUUUCCUUCCCAGAUGGGCUCAGUGCUAAGGAAUUCCUUGCUGCUUCACUACAUUAAUUGUAUCAAAGAUGAAUCUAUCUACUUAAGGCUCUACUAUUGGAUGGGCCAGACUCUUCAAGAAGAAUGCACUUGGUAUAAACUUGAUAACCAGCAGUAUGAAGAAGAGUUCAAGGACUUCCUGGAUAUUGUCUACAAGACAGAGUGUUUCUUGCAGGAGGGGUUCUCUUCCUGUGAAGAAUUCUUGUAUAAGAGCCUUCCCCUCUGGGAUGGUUUCUGCUGUCGAUCGCAAAUCCUCAGGCUGGUGAGCUGGAUCCCCCUCAGCAGCUUCUCGGAAAUGAAACCACAUCUUUGUGAACCUCUGGCACAGCUUUUUUUUACAUCAUCCCUUUAUUUUAAGUGUAGUGUUCUUGAAAGUCUGAAGGAGCUGUUGCAGAACUGGCUGAAUUGGCAUGUGAUGCAGUUGGAUGUGGAGUCUGAUCCUAAAAUCAGUCCUUUGAACACCACUCUUUCUGGACUGGUGAACUCUGUGGCUGAGCUGAUCCACUUUGUAGGGUGGAUCGCCACUGUAGCACUGCACUUGGAGAACAAUGCUACUUUCUUGCUGUACUUUAUUCUGGAUUUCUAUGAGACACAGCACUCCUGCCCUUCUCUAGUAUUUAUCUGCGUUAGAAUUCAGAGGGCACUUAAGUCUCUUCCAUUUGUUCAUUCCUUUAGGUAUCGAACCAACUUGGUAGCUGCGAAAGAAAAUGAGCUGAUUAAAAAGACAAUACUGCAAUUCAAGUUCAGUAGCCAGACUUACCAAGAGUACAACCAGUACAUAAUGGCCAUGGUGGGCUGUCUGUGGACAUCCAGUGCAUUCCAGAAGGAUAUCCACCCUCAGGGCAUUCGCCUAGAUCCGGAAGUACUGAAGAAAACCAGAGUGCAGGAGGUCAGGAACAGCUUCAACAUUGUCCACCACCCAGCCCUGAUGGGCUAUGCUAUCCUCUUCCUGCAGCAGGCUUGGCCAGAAGAUAAAACCCUGAACUUCAACUUAAUUAAGGGGAGGCGGUGGAACUGGUAUCUGGAAUAUCUCUACGUGCAGGGGUUACAAGGCCUGAAACUCUUCAUCGAAAGCAGCAUCAAUCGUGUUUCUCAGGUCUCCCAAACCAAGUCAGGGAAUGUUCAGGUGUAACAGACUGGUUCAUAUGGAUUCUUCUGGUUGUCCAGACCAGGAAAGCAGAGUAUAGCAGGCCCUGCCUCUGACACCUCUGUCUAGGGGAAGAAGUACUGUAGACAGAGCCAUUAGCCGUAUUACAUUUUGAUACUGACAUCACCUUAGGAAAACAAGGACAGAGAGAGAAUGGUUGAACUGACCUUAUUCAACAGUGCACUGAACCUGGAUGUCCCUGCCAAACUUGUGUGGUGUGAUGCUGCUGAGUUUGUAUCCUGUGCAAUGUCACUGUUCACUAUCAACUUCCUCGUACUGGAAUGUCUGCUUCAACUAAGCUGCAAACACUGCUGCCUUUCUUAUUUCAUUAUGGCACUUAGCAGUGCUUCUUCACUUAGAAGUGAUUCCUGACCUCCCGCUGCAGUGUAUAAUGAGGAA